AUCUGAUCCCUCCCCGCAACAGAGGCAGCUACGGGCAUCUUUGAGCACUGGCCUUCAUCCUUUCAGCACGAGGGACUCGCCGCACCGGUGCACCCAGUUUGGCCGCCUGCCGAGCGGCUUGACGGCAUCUGAUUCAUUCAUCGUGCCACCUGUCGUCCCUCACUCACUUCCCUCUGACCCUGUUGGUUGUAUCGCCUCGCAUCGCCUCCAUUGAUGCCUGCGAUAUAUCAUGUGGAAGGAUGCCCAGUACAGACCGACGCGGCUCGGCGGGAAGAUCCACAGGAAGGUGGCCUUCUGGCAGAAGGUCGAGUCCACCUACUGGAACCCGCUGCUGCUCUUCAUCAACCUGCCCAUUUACGGCGUAUUCUACUGGCUGGCGCCCUGGGCGAGGCCGUUCGAGCUGCCUGGCGAUGCGGGGGAGGAGCGGCCCGGGGAGCACCGGGUCACAGUGGGGUGCAUCAAGAAGAUCUACCGGCAGAAGUACCGCAACAGGAAGGACUACAUCUUCCAAAUCAUAUCCCCCGAGUCUUUCUGGUACGAGAACCCCGUGGUGGCCUUCCGCGGCAAGCUGCCCUUCAUCGCCUGGACCGUCCUGCUCAAACCGCAGUUUGAAGGUAUGGAUGGAUGGUAUGGGCUGCGGUGACGAAAAAUGACUGAGUGAAGAAGGCCAGACCAGACCAGACCAGACGAGGUAGUCUUCAUUCAUUGUGCUCUUCUGUGCGUGUGUGUGUGUGUGUGUGAUGCACACAGCUGAGUUGGUGGAUUGGUACGUCAAGACGUACCAGAAGGCCAUCGUGAUCCACUGCAAGUUCAGAUACACUCACAGACGGCUCACCUGGUGGACAUUCGAACUCCCAAGUGAGCCACACACCGCAGACAGACACACACUCACCUAACCCACACACAUGGCUGGCCGUCUGUUGGCCUCUGCUAUCAUAUCAACCACAUGCCAUGCCAUCGAUGUGUUGGUUGCUAUGUGUGUGUGGACGGCUGGAUGUGAUGUGCGGAUGGAUCAGACACGAUAUACUGUCAGCUGGAUGCCAACGGUCUGGUAACUCGGUGGUUGGAGCAGUGGCACGGUCUGCAGCUGCUCUUCCUCACCUGGCUGGUCCCCGUGCACAAGUGGAUCAUAUUCGGAUUCCCUAUCACAACCGCCGCCGUCUGGUUCAACCGCUUCUGACAAUGUGACCCCCUCCCGCCAUCUGCAGUAAUGGGAUCGAAUGGCCGGCUUGAAAGGGGGAGGGAGAUGAGUCUCUCUAGUGCCUUGAGCGAGUGGCAUUUGGAAUGAGUGGAUCAUGAGCAUGUGCGUGGCCGUGUCUGUCUGACUGAGAGGCCAGCAGAGGGGAGGGAGGUAGGGGAAUCGACGAUUGGGGACUCGG